GCCGACUUGUAGACACUGCGCGCACUCAGUCCCGCCCGCGCGCCUCCUCCCCGCCCGCCGCCGCCGCUCCUCCCCGUAACAUGCCAUAGUGAGCUGCGAGCACACGGCCAGGGGCGCUAGGGUUCGCCUUCAGCCACCAUGGGGAAUGGGAUGAACAAGAUCCUGCCCGGCCUGUACAUCGGCAACUUCAAAGAUGCCAGGGAUGCGGAACAGUUGAGCAAGAACAAGGUGACACAUAUUCUGUCUGUCCACGAUAGUGCCAGGCCUAUGCUGGAGGGAGUUAAAUACCUGUGCAUCCCAGCAGCGGAUUCACCGUCUCAAAACCUGACAAGACAUUUCAAAGAAAGUAUUAAAUUCAUUCACGAGUGCCGGCUGCGCGGUGAGAGCUGCCUUGUACACUGCCUGGCCGGGGUCUCCAGGAGCGUGACGCUGGUGAUCGCGUACAUCAUGACCGUCACCGACUUUGGCUGGGAGGAUGCCCUGCACACCGUGCGUGCUGGGAGAUCCUGUGCCAACCCCAACGUGGGCUUCCAGAGACAGCUCCAGGAGUUUGAGAAGCAUGAGGUCCAUCAGUAUCGGCAGUGGCUGAAGGAAGAGUAUGGAGAGAGCCCUUUGCAGGAUGCAGAAGAAGCCAAAAACAUUCUGGGUAAAUAUAAGGAGCAAGGGCGCAUGGAGCCCCAGCCCGGCGCCAGGCGGUGGAGCAGUUUUCCGGCACUGGCUCCGCUGGCCUACGAUAAUUACACGACGGAAACCUAACGCAAGGGACCUGCUCCCUUCCUUCCCACUGCUUGUCUUCAGUGUGCCCGGCUGGACGGCGGUGUGGUGGGACCUGCUGCCUUCCUUCCCACUGCUUGUCUUCAGUGUGCCCGGCUGUGCGGCGGUGUGGUGGGACCUGCUGCCUUCCUUCCCACUGCUUGUCUUCAGAGUGUACCCAGCUGGGCGGCGGUGCGGUGGGACUUGCUGCCUGCUUGUCUUCCGUGUGCUGGCUGGGCGGCCGUGCGGUGGUGUUGGCCGCUGAGGACAGGAGAGGGAGAUCGCCAGGGUGCAGUGGGCACUCAGGGCUCCUUCUCAAGCCACACUGCCCAGCCCUGCUUGAGGCCCCUUCACUCCACCCACCCCCACCCUGGUGCACCUGAGCUUGCUGCCCCCGGGAUGUCGCCCAGUGGCUGUGCACGUGGGUGUGUGUGAGUGCACGUGUGUGUGGGUGAGUGUAAGUGAAUGGAUGCAUGCGUGUGCCUGUGUGAGGGUAUGUGCACCCUAAGUGUGUACCUGUGUGUACGUUGUGAAAGUGUGUGUGUGCCAUGAAUGUGUGUGUGUGAACCUUCUCACUGCUGGAAGUCACAGGAUGCAUAUUGCUGCCUCGGUUGGUGUGGCCACCUUUCCUUUUGUCCAGGACUCCACAUGGAAGGCAUUGGAGCUCGACCUCUGAAAAGCUACGCAGCAAACAGCAGUCUGUGCUUGUGGGCAGACCGUGAGAACUCAGGGGAUGAGUGGCUGAAAGCGUGGCCUCUCCCAGAACCCACACAGGGUGGUGUGGUGGGCAGCAGGGGCCAGACUGCCCUAGACGGAGGGUGGCUCUGGGGCCCUGGAAAGUGUGAGAGACUGCCCUGAGCUGGUCCAGUGGGCCAGUACUUUAUACCAACCCAGCCGUUGAGGGGUGUCUUAGAUUGCCUCAGUCUCAAUGUGGAUGCACCAGGCUGAGCGUUCCCUAGCGCCUCGAGCCAGGGCCGCUUUCCAGCCCAUCGAGCCUUGAGUUCUCCCUGGUGUUUGCUCUCUGGAGCUGAUUGCACUUGGGCUCUGUGGUGGGCAGGUGCACUAGCCUAAGGUGGCUGUGCCAGGGCGCCCCUCCUCUCUGCUGCUUGCCAGCUUCACUCACUCCCAGCCUCUUGCUGUGCUCACGUUACAGGGGUUCCUCCUCAGGGUUUGCGCCUGCAAGAACGGGAAGAAAGAGCAUUUGUUGGGCACUGUAGCCGUUUGCAUUUUAAAAUGCCUGAGCGUUUAUUAAGCUUCUUGGUGUUCACUUGGGUUUGAUAAUUGACCUGAGCUACCUCAUUGAGUGUUUUUGGGAAGGUGUUUUUGGUGUGCAAGUCACCUUUGCCUCGCAGUUGAAAAUGCUUGGUCAUGAUUGCGUUUGAAACCACAGGGGAAGGUGCCAAUAUCAUUGCGCUAUUUAAAGUUGCCGGUUUGGGCUCCAGCAAUGCUUUCUGGUGGGUAAAAUUCCACAUUCAGGCCACGAGAGCAUCCACAGUUUGUACUUGGGGCUGCAGGCAUCCUGGGACGCUGUACCCGAUUCGGUGGUCUAGUCCUUUACACCGACUCAGAUUCCGUCAGCAGGCGGUCACUCAGAUGAAAAAACAUACUCGACCUCUCCCUAAAAAGAUGUUGCAACCCCGUUUCUCUGAAUUCCACCCCAAAAAGAGCCCCUGAAUGAGGAGAGCGGUUUUCCCGCGCACGUGGAGGGUGUGUCAGUGGUGAGCUUUCUGGGGACCGGGGAAAACACGUUGCCUGAUUCCGCGCACGUGCGCAGGCCCUGGGUGUACACCCGGAAAGGGGCUUGUGGCUGUAGAACCAUCCGUCCAUCUACAGCUAAAACAAUUUGCCAAUAAAGUACAUGUUUUUCCUAAGCCAAAAAUAAAUAUAAAUAUGUUAACAGAAAAAUGAUUUAGGAUAUUAGCUUGAACGCUUAAGUAUGUGCAUCUUACAAGCCUCUCAGUGUGUCCUUGGAGUUCCUGAAGUGUUGUUUUAAUAUUUGUUGCCAGUAAUGUUCUUUCUUCACAGCCGCUCCGGGAAUUCUGAAGUACUGGGCCUUUCUCAGAAGACUGUAGUGUACCUGAAGUGUCUGAAAUGUGUAAACCCACAGAGUUUAGGCUGGUGCUGCCAAAAAGAAAAGCAACGUAGAGUUUAUAUUUUUAAGUAUUCAGUAGUGAUUUGUAAACUUGUUUUUCAUUUGAAGCUGAAUAUAUACGUAGUCAUGUUUAUGCUGAGAACUAAGGAUAUUCUUUAGCAAGAGAAAAUAUUUUUCCCUUAUCCCCACUGCCGUGGAGGUUUCUGUACCUGGCUUGGAUGCCUGUCAGGACCCGGGAGCCUUGCUGCACUGCUGUGUGGAUGGCUGCGCUCGCGAUGCCUUCCUGUGAAUGCCCCCCAAGGACGAGCCCAGUGUGGUGGUGUGGCGUGAACUCUGCCGUGUGUCCUCAAAUUCCCCAGCUUGGGAAAUAGCCCUCAGUGUGGGUUUUAUCUCUGGUUUGUGUUCUCCAUGGUGGGAUUAACCGAAAGCUCUCUGUUUUUAUUAAUAAAGGGCAACUUAGCCAAGUUUAA